GUAUUUUGUUAUAGCAUGUAGCCUUUUCGUCAGUGUAUUGCGUAAAGCUAGGUAAGAAGGUACUUAUUGUAACGUAGGUUAGGUGCCUAUAGCUUAACUGACGAUAUCAAACAGUGAUAUUAUCGUUGGCGGCACGAGAAACUCAAGGCCGUUUGUUUGUUGAAUUCAUUUUAGCAAGUUUUCACAAAGUUUCUAAAAAAACACUCAGCAAAUUUUCGAUAAAAAUUGAAAAUAUUUUCAAUCAUAGUGGAACACAUCAAAGAGAACAUACAAAAUGAGCAAUAAAUCAAAGGUUAAAAAAAGACGUGAUCGUAAUACCUUGACAUUCUAUGAGAAAAUCGCAGUGAUUCGCCAUCAUGAGGCUAAUCAACUAUCCCGAAAUAAUUUGGCUCGAAUGUUCCAAUGCUGCACAACACAAAUUCGACGAAUUAUCGAACGAAAGGAUGAGAUCUUGGCUCAAUGGCAGACAAUGUGCGAAACCGAUGCUCCAGCGGUAAUGGAGGAAAUGUCAAAGAAACGUAGAGAGUUCGAAAUGAAAGCAAUUGGUUUUAUACUGCAUCAAUGGAUUGAAAGAUGUCGGGAUCUUCAAUUGAAUAUGGUCAUCAAUGAUGCAACUUUAAAGAUGAUUUCCACAAAAAUGGCAACAGUUCUGAAUAUUAAAGAUUUUAAACCAACUGGAAGAUGGAUUGAAAGAUUUCGACUUAAAUUCAAGUAUAAAGAUGCAAAUCUAUCUAAUCCUAGCUCUAAGGAUGAUCCUCAAGGAACUCUGAGUGUAGAGGAUAUAAUAAUUGAGUUUAAGAAUUUUUUGCCCAGUUUUAUGCGACAAGAAAUUUCUAACAUAACCUCAAAUAAUAUGGAAGUUGAGGAGUGUGCUUUAGUUCCUAUCGAACAGGAUCAACAAGUUGAUAAAAUCACAGAUGAGCAACCAAAUAAAGAUAAUGAAGAUGAUUUAGAAAAAUGCCAAAACAGAGAAGAUAACGUUUCUCCGAAAUCAAGUGAAAAUAUAGCAGCUGAAAAUGUCCUUGAGCAUUUAUCAGUUAUCAAGCAGUUUUUACAAUCAAAUUCUGACUUUGAAGCAAUGACUGUUGCAACACAUUUGCAAAAUUAUAUUGAACAAACCUAUAUACUACAUUCGUCAUUACCAUCGCCAUUAGCAUCGUCAUCCCCAUCAUCACCUUUGACUGAUCAAGAAUUUGUUAUUUUAAUUGAAUAAUUUACAAACACAUAAACUAAAAUAAAUUUUUUUUAUUUUUUAAUA